AUGCUGAUUGAUCGGCUUGCUAUGCUUGACCGCGGGGCAAAGUAUCCGUCGCCCGUUACCUCGUCCAACAACGACCGCCUUCCGACGACUGGCGACGUCCACCUGUAUGCUGAUCCAAUGUCUUACAAUACCCAAGCGCCUGUGUUAUGCGCAGACUGCGAGGGCUUGGAUGGUGGGGAAGCUGUACCGGCAGGUCUGCGACAUCGCACAAAAGGGAAAGAGGAGGCUCUGGGGAUCCUUAACGAUGUCACAAAUGUCAUGGGCAAGACUGGUCUAGGCAGAUCGCCGAAACCAUCAACUGCUAGCCGUUCUUCGGGUGUCAUUGAUACAUCCUCGAAACGUAAGUUCGGAAAGUCGCGCUACGCAUCUCAGCGGGACCUCGAAUGGGCAGUCACCCCAGAAACGAAGAAAAGAGAGUACGCAGUCACGCAGCUCUAUCCCAGACUACUCUACACCUUCUCAGAUGUGGUUGUCUUCGUCUUGAGAAACCCUAGGGCUUUUGAAUCUACCGUCCUCGACAAACUUUUGGAAUGGGGCUCGGCUUCGAUCGACAAAUCGCUGAACCAACCGGCUCUUCCCCACGCAGUCAUUGUCCUUAAUGCAACUGACAACGUGGAUGAUGAUGAAUGGAAUAUUGAGACUGCAACUGCUCGUCUUCUCGAUGAUAUUAGUGGAGCGAUUUUCCGCGAGCCCCGAUUCGAAGAGCAAGCCAGACUUUGGCAGGCAAUUGGUCGAACCAUCAACACGACCAAAGACUUACUCGACUGCUACUACGCUUCUAUCACCGUGAUUCGAGUCCCGUCUCGUGGUCGCUACAUGCUCAUGGACGAUCAGAUGGGAAAGCUCUUUGAGCUGAUCAACAAAAGAUGCCAAGCGUCUCUGCUUACCAAGAAGCGUGUUCGGAUGCUGGCCACUGCAGACAAGUUGCAAGUCUACCUCCACGCUGCUUACGAUCAUUUUUCCCGCGAUCUGGAUACUCCUUUUGACUUUGUCAAAGAAGCGUUGAAACAUAACCCCAUUCCACAAGAUUUCAGUGGCAACAUCUUGAACUUGGCGAUCUCCAUUGGUAAUAAUUCGACAAAAAUUUCGCAGAAUGGCGGCGGAACGCAACAGAUCUUCGAAAACAUGGUGCCGAUGAUAUCGUCUUGCAUUAUGCUCGACUCAGUUCGCCAGAACAUUCUGGGAACCCCUGUGAGACUUCUCGACGACGCGUACGUGGAUUUCUGCAAUGUUGCCCUCGAAGGCUAUGCAGAUUUCUAUGCGCCAUGCACCUUCUCUCAUCCCAAAUAUGGAAAAUGCUACAACGUCAAGUUUGGACACGAUCCGAAAGGUCACCAAAAUAAACAUGGACGUAUAUUUGCAGCGGGAAAUUAUCAGUCAGACGUUGACCUGCAAGACUUUGCGGGUCAGUGGAUUGAUCAAAUUCGAAAUCACCUGCGUCAGCUUCAUGCCAGGUUCCAAGAAGCCACCUCACGAGUGCGCGAGCAGAGCGAGCAAAAGGUCGCUGCUGAUCUCCACAGGUAUCAACUAAACGACUUCUACUUCUCUUUGGGUAAUGUAGGGGACUUUAUCAGUCACUCCACUUGCUUUUCGUGUCUAAGAGAGCUCCCUGAACAUCCAUUGCCCUGCGGUCAUGUUCUGUGUCUACCUUGUAUUCAAGCCUACGGUAUCAAGGCUCAUACGACAGUUGAGAUGAAAAGGUGUCCUCUUCACGAAAGGGAAACAAUGUGGGAGCCUGCAUGGACGGUUGUGGUCAAACCACAAUUUGCGGGCGCUCGGGUACUGUGUCUUGACGGGUACGAUGCCCCCUCAGCUGCCAUUCUUCCCGAAAUAAAGCUUUGCUCACUAGCUGACGUUUCGUAUAGUGGUGGAGUCCGAGGGAUUGUAGAGCUUCACGUUCUCAGAGCCAUUGAAAGAGUCUUCGGUGAGAGACUCCCGAUACAGCUUUUUUUCGAUCUGAUUGUCGGUACAAGCACGGGAGGAAUUAUUGCUCUUGGACUAGGAGUCAAUAAUUGGUCCGUGGAGGAAUGUAUCAAGACAUUCAAACACCUUUGUGCAGACGCCUUCAGGCCACGCGAAUUGUCGGGCAUUCCGCUGCUUGAGAAGCUUGUCACGAUCAAUCACGGAAGUAUCUACAAGACCAAACCAUUUGAGGCUCUUCUGCGGGAGAAGUUCCAGGAUCGGCCACUCUUCGGAGGAGCCAACGACCAUAGCCAGAGCGAAAUGCUAACGAAAGUGGCUGUAACCUCGACAACUUCUAUUGACCAGCACUCAGUUAUUCUCACGAAUUACAACAGACCUGAUUCGAUGGAUGAUGAGCUUCCUUAUCGGCUCUUUCGAUCCAACGAGCCAAGUCAAGAGUUCAAAGCAUGGGAGGCGGCUCGAGCAACAUCCGCUGCACCUCCAUUCUUCAAAUCAUUCACGAAGGCAGACACCAAAAGUAGCUACCUCGAUGGUGCGCUCUACCAUAAUUGCCCAGUACUCGUGGCUCACCAUGAAAGACGAAUGAUAUGGCCCGACAUCGCCGACACUGUGCCUGACAUUCUCUUAUCCAUCGGUACGGGAAUGAACGGUCUUGAUAAUGAGAGCCAGUCUACUGCCCAUAGAACGGAGAUAUUGAAAGGUGGCGAGACCGUGACCAAGCGCAAGAGAACCUUCUUACCUGUACAGCUAGCUCAAAUUGCUGCCGAUCGCUUCGAUCGAAUACUUUCCUGCAACGCGAUAUGGUCCGAUUUCAAGACUGAUAUCCUAUCGCAGAACUCACAUGUGACCAGAGAUAGUCACCGCAGACAUAUCCGUGUCAACCCUGACCUGCGGUUCAAAGUCCCCCGUCUAGAUGCGGUCAACGAGUUGGACAGCCUAGAGAGAGCGACAAAACGGUACCUCAAUUUGAACCGGGGCAAGAUCAAGGAAAUCGCACACAGACUGGUCGCAAGCUGUUUCUUCUUUGAGAAAGAUGUGGGAUCAGUGAGACAAGUGAAAGAAGGUUUCGAGUGCACAGGCCGCAUCCACUGCAGAUUUGCCAAUUCGUCCAACGAGAUGAAAUAUCUAGGCGAAUUCCUCCGCACAUGUCUGAGAGGCGACUUUGAACCAUAUUUUGUCGUAGAAGAGGCGGGGACGCUGCCUGACGAUGCCUCGAAGAUACCCAUGCCGGAAGCAAACAUCACUGACAUGUAUCUCCGAGGCACAUUCAAGCUCAAGAGGAUUCGUGUCGUGGUCAGCAAAGAGUUAUCAACCACAAACAUAUUUCUGUGUUUGCGAACGGAGCUAUACCCCCACUCCAGCAACGCCUUCCUCCCAAUCAGUGGCUUUCCUAGAGAGAUGAUGAGCGAAGACAGCCAGAGAAAGACACAAACGCCUCGUUCAAACAAGCUUCUGAAGAGUGUCGCUGAGCUUCGCAAGGCGAAUACCCAACGGUAUAAAAGUAUGAGGGAACGUACUGGCGCCGUGUCAGGAAUACAUGAUCAUUUGCAUGACUCUAGUUCCUCCUUAAGCACCAAAUCGCGAGCAUCAGGAGAUUCAACUCGCUCAGCUCCAAUGACUCCAAGCGACGUUGGCAAAUGGUCGGCAGCGAAAGACGAGUUGCUGAGCCCUGAGAAGUUCAUAUUUGAAUUGGAAGCAUAG